AUGAGCGAAAUAACACCAAUAAUUAUACGGUUGGAAAUUGAGAAGAGUGCACCGUUUUUCAAAUUGGAAUUUUCAACUACUGACGAUAACGCAGAAAGCAUUGAAGAACCAUUGAGAAUCGCACUGUCGAGUACGGCAAAAACAAUGUUGGCCAGUAAACGACGCAAUAAAAAAGCGACAGUGACAACGGCACAGCAAUCGGCCACAACAGCGCCAUCGAUAGCGCCAGUGUUAGGUGAAGAUUGUAGUAAUGGGCGCGGAGCUUUACCACCAAUCGCGGCGGAUCCGAGACCGCAGAAUACGGUUAAAUUUAUUGGAAAAUUAUUCUUAUUUAGGCAGUUCUGUCUUUGA